AUGAAGACACUGGGUUUAAUCGGUGGCAUGAGUUGGGAGUCAACCACGACAUACUACCAAGAAAUCAACCGUCGAGUUCGUGAGGUCCUCGGCGGUCUGCACUCGGCCGAAUGCGUAAUAGUCUCGUUCGACUUCGCCAAGAUUGAAGCCCUACAACGCGCUGCCAAAUGGGAAGAAGCCGGACUGUUACUUGAUGAUGCAGCGAAGAGACUAGCGCGCGCCGGCGCGGACGGCUUGGUCCUCUGCACUAAUACCAUGCAUUUUGUAUCCCAUGGUAUUGAAGCAGCAUCUGGACUACCUCUGAUCCACAUCGUUGACCCUACUGCUGAAGCCAUCAAGAAGGCUGGUUACAAAUCCGUUGGGUUACUUGGAACACGGUUUACCAUGGAAAAGGAGUUUUACAAAUCGCGUCUGGCGGACAAGUUCGAUCUCAACGUUGUUAUCCCGGAUGAUCAGGACCGAGAUAUUGUCCACAAGAUCAUUUACGAGGAGCUUUGCAAUGGUGUUAUCAAGGAUGAUUCACGAAAGGCUUACCAAGAGGUCAUUGGGAGGCUAAAAGCUUCUGGAGCCGAAUGCUUGAUCCUUGGAUGUACCGAGAUCGGGUUGCUGAUAGAUGAGACUCAGAGUGAGCUGCCGAUCUUCGACACCGCGCGGAUCCAUGCCAUAGCUGCCGCUGACUGGGCUAUGAAAGAAUGA